AUGUCUCUACUCACCAAUUAUGAGGGCCUUCGGCAUCAGAUCGAGAGGCUGGUGCGGGAAAACGAGGAACUGAAGAAGCUGGUGCGGCUCAUUCGGGAGAAUUACGAGCUCAAGUCGGCGAUCAAGAUACAGACGGGUGGCCUGGGCAUCAGCGGGUUCAGCAGCAGGCUGGGCGAGGCAGCGACCGGCCCUCCUCAACACCAGGGUAACUGUGUCUUCCUGCCCCCGUCCCCGGCAGCAGCAAACGAAUCCGUCCUGGAAGAAGUGGGGAUCGUGCCUCUGGCGCCGCUGGCCGACAUGCUAAGCAGCCCGCAGCCCGGCCCCGCGGCAGGCCCCGUCGUGAGCACCCCGAUGGACCCUCUGGACACACUGCUGCCCGGCCUGGCGCCCAUCUCACAGAGCAGCCCACUCAGCAGCCUCCUCACUGGCCCCCCGAGCAGCCGCCUGGCCGGCCCCGCGGCAGUGCCCCCGGCGGGCACACCGGCCAGCUCCCUGGGCCUGCCCUCGACUGGCCCCCUGACUCCAAGCAGCCCCCUGACAGGCCCCCUAGCUGUGUCUCAGAGCAGCCCCCUUAUGGACCCUAUAGCAGGUUCGGUGGCCCUCUCUCUGAGCAGCCCCCUGCCCACCCCCACGGCUGCACCCCUAGGUGUCUCUCAGAACCUUCCGGCCAAUCCCAUGAGCAAUCUGGUGCUGGCGGAGGCCCCAGGGGUGUGGCUGGCAGAGCCGCUCCAAGGAUGCCCCUCUGGAUCCCAUCCCUCAGCGGGUGGGGGACCUGCUGCCACCACCGAAGUCCCACUCUCCGCUGAGCACCCCCAGCCCGCCCAGGAGCCCGAGCCCCUCAGCAUGACGUCUGUGGGUGCGGCCAUCCAGACCUCCACGCCCGCCGGUCCCGUGGGCACACCCAGCCCCGCGGCAGCCUUCUCCUAUAGCACCCCAGACGCCCAGACACAGCCUGGUGGCCCCCAAGGACAAGCGGCCUCUGCCUCUGUCCCUGCCUCGGCCACCUCCCACAGCAUCACCGUCCUCGCCUCUGUCCCCACUCCCGCCCGCCAAGCUACCACCAGCUAUAGGCUCUCAAGCACCCCGCACCCCUUUGCCCGCACGCACCGCUCCCCGACCCGGCCCUCGCCCACCCUCCACUCCCCUGCCCACAACCCCCUCUGCCCGCCUCGAGCCUCGUCCUCCCCGGCUUCAGUCAACGACACCCGAGCUCCGCGCGUGGCAGAGCCGUCUCGGAGAAGCAUCCCGCAGUUGGAGCGGAAGCUAGGCCACCGGAAGGGCAGCAAGUUCCCUGACAGCUCUCGAGGGUCGAAGCAGCCGCCCCGGGAGAGGCUGGUGGGGGAGAUCGCCUUCCAGCUGGACCGCCGGAUCCUGUCCAGCAUCUUCUCCGAGCGGGUCCGGCUCUACGGCUUCACGGUCUCCAACAUUCCGGAAAAGAUCAUACAGGCCUCCCUGGACCCCGGCGGCCACAGGCUGGACGAGGAGCUGUGCCAGACGCUCACACAGCGCUACACGAGCGUCAUGAACCGGCUGCAGAGCCUGGGCUACAACAGGCGGGUGCACCCGGCACUGACCGAGCAGCUGGUGAACACCUAUGGCAUCCUGCGGGAGCGGCCCGAGCGGGCUACGUCCGAGGGCGGCUCCUACACUGUGGAUUUCCUGCAGCGUGUGCUGGUGGAGACCGUGCACCCCAGCAUGCUCACCGACGCGCUGCUGCUGCUCUCCUGCCUCGGCCAGCUGGCGCACGACGACGGCAAGCCCAUGUUCAUCUGGUGA